UCCAUCCAUUACUCAGUACGAUGAAUUUGUGUUCCCAAAGUCUUGUGAUUCACCGAUAAAUCAUCACUCCCUCCGUGUAUGGUAAUUGUGCUAGUCUAUAUAGUAGUAGUAUUUACCUUCUUAUCAGCCCCCCGAAAAAAAGAAGAAAGAAAUAGUAUAUACCUUGUUCAUGAGAUUCUCUGUCCUCAUAUAAGCCUGCCAAGUACCACCUCCUCAUGGCCGGCCUCUCUCCACUAUAAAUUGCGUACUUCUGCCCUCCCCACACCUUCAUCACCCAGAAGCAAGACUCCUACUGCCUCAGCUCCUAGCUCUUCAGUUUCCUAUCUUAUCAUCUCAUAUUCUCGUUUCUUCCAGAGAGUAUUAAUCUAUCCAUGGCUUUUGCAAAAUUAAUCAUCCCGUUCAUACUCGUUUCUUUGCUGGUUCUCCACCAAGUCCAAGCGGUUCAAACCAAUCAUCAACUGGCCAGCAAUGCUGUUUCAAACACAGGUUAUGGCCCAAAAAUGGAUUGUGGGGCAGCUUGUGCAGGGAGAUGCCAGUUAUCAUCGAGACCAAGGCUUUGCAAGAGGGCAUGUGGAACCUGCUGUGUCAGGUGCAACUGCGUUCCUCCGGGGACUUCAGGCAACUAUGAAGCUUGUCCUUGCUAUGCCAGCCUUACCACCCAUGGCAACAGGCGCAAAUGCCCUUAAACGAACCACCGCCAAUUACUCAUCUCUUCUCCAUCACUCCCAUCUCCAUGCAUGGAUAGAUUGAUAGCUUAUCGGUUUGCAGCAUAUGUCUUUGUUCGUGAAGUAUCAAUUUGGUUGCUGCAAAUAAGAUGUGAGAGAGUAGGUGUUGAAAUCCCUGGUGCAAUUAAUACCCUUUGCAUGAGCGAUAUGUUGUAUACUACUGUAUAUGUUGUACGAGUGAUGUGUCUUAUGAGUUAAUUUAGUUAGAUGUGUACGAGAUAUUAAGUUCUGCCUUGGAUGCAUACGAGAAAUAAAAAGAAGUUGUGGCUGGCUGUUUCUUGUUU